GGCAACGUCGCAGGGGUCACUUCACUGCUUCCCCUCCAACUCAUUCUUGCUUGACACUCCUGCUCAUAGUAGUAUUUCAGUUCACAGAAGCGUUUCUUUUUUAAUUCAGGACUGGCUGCUGCUUCUGUGAGUGAAUGGAUGGAUGGGUUGACACCUCUUUGAGAACCUGUUUUUUCUUUCUGAUGUGAGUUAGCACUGAUGGAUUUCUACUCAGGUGUCCGUGCUUCUUCGAUGGACCCUCUCGAUUUUCACCCUCCUAUUCUUCGUCCGUAUGGAUGAGGUUAUUCCUGGCAAGUCGUAUGGAUCUCUACCGAGUCGUGUCUUCCCCUUGGUCGGUGCAUCCUGAGCUAUCGUCGCUAAUGAUUGUUGAGGGCUACUGCCAGUGAUCAGCCGAGGUUGCGACGUCAACGUCUAUGGAGCUAUGAGGCUGAGAACGUCAGCAGCGGCUGCGUGUGGUGCAGCUGCGAGAUCUGCAAUCAGCUUGUUUCGUGAUUUGGGUUCGUCGUCAAGCGUGGUAUAACCUUUUUCGUUCAUCGUCGAGCUUGUCUCCUGAGCGUGGAGAGCGUCUUGCUGAUUCUUCUCAACUGAUAUCGAGGGCAAGUCAUUGCCGAGGGACCGUGACAUCAGCCGAGUCUCCGGGAUGUGCUUAUUCAGCUCAUCUUCGUCGUACUCCGGGAUCGAGGAGUUGCUGACAGGGAAGUCUUCCUGAUCGUGACAUCAACCAGUUCUGGAGUGCGUCGUCCGUUAACUCUCGGACUGAUUUCCAGCUUGAAGAGAACGUUGAUUGAAGGUUUCUUGCCGACUAAUUCGGGCCGAGCGUGGUCGUUUGGCUAACCACUUGACCAACGCAGUUCUUGUUGAUGCCUGUGUUCAGCACGGUGUUAUCUGUUGUAUGCUUGGAAGUGAACGAUACUUUUGUUUGUUUCCGUUCUCUGUUCGUCUGUUUUUAAGGCAAGGCAGAGCCGUUCUAUUAAACGAAGUUUUUUACCGCAGUUCAAGCACUUCUGUGCGUUGUCUUUGUCUGUAACAGCGAAGCAGACUCCAGAAGCAUAACAAGCAAGAGCGUAUGAAAGUGGUGAUCCAUCUGCUGGUUAAUUGUUUUUUUCCACUUACGCUCAGGUUGGCUGUGUACACUGCCGUCUGCACAGUUCUGCCUUUUUUCUUUUUCAAUAGCUGCAGGCUACAUGGAUUUUGGAGUUCCAACGGAACGGAAGCGGCAGGUCGAACUACUGCGUGUUUCAGGUUAAUUGACUUCCUCUCGAAUGCAUCUUCUGUUCCCACGGAUUCGAGGGUUAUCUCUCAGCUGCUUCCCAGGUUACGGAGAUUUUGGAGAUCGAUCGGAACGGAAGCAGGUUGGAUGGUUCAGGUUGACUGACUUCCCUCUCGCAUGCAGCUUCUGCUUUUCCACAGAGUCGACUGGUUGUGUCUCAGCAGCUGCAGCUCUCAGGGAUUGGGGGUCUCGGCCGAUUGGAUGCAGGCUGGAUUGCUACAUGGUGCACGUUGACUGUCUUCCUGUCGCAUGCACCUUCUCCUCCCACGGACUCGACUGGCUGUGUUUCAGCAGCUGCAGGUCACGGGUUUCCGCUGGGAUGGAAGCAGGUUGGAGUACUACAUGGUUCAGGUUUUACCUGCCCUCUCGCAUGCAUCUUCUGCUUCCACAGAGUCGACUGGUGGUUCAGAAGCUGCAGGUGGGGUUUUCCGCCGGGAGAUAGCAGGUUGGAGUACUGCGUGGUUCAGGUCGACUGACUUCCCUCUCGCAUGCAUCUUCUGCCUCCACAGAGUCGGCUGGACGCGUCCGCAGCUGCAGGUCUCAGGGUUUGCGGGACUCGACUGAAAGGAAUCAGAUUGGAUUGUUGUCUUCCAGCAUGCAUCUUCUGCUCCCACGGAUUCGACUGGCUGUGUUUCAGCAGCUUCAGGUCUUGGGGAUUUCGGAAGUUUGGCAGAAGGGGAGCAGGGCAUGGUGCACGUUGACUGUCUUCCUGUCGCAUGCAUCCUGUGGUCCCACGGAUUCGACUGGUUGUGUUCCAGCAGCCGCAGAUAUCUUGGGGAUUCAGCUCACCUUCAAGAAUUAUGAUCGGCUGGCGAGAAGUUCUUGUGUCCAGGUUGGCUGACUUUCGAUCGCGUGCUGCCGCCUCUGUUUCGACUGAUUUGCUCGGUUGACUUCAGGUUUCGACGUGGGACUAGUUCGCGUAUGGGUCUCAAUCUGCCGCCUUCCCCACCCUCCUCUGCCGCCUCCUCCCACCCGCGUCUGCUGCCUCUGCUGCCUCCGAGAGUCGAUCCGGCGUUGCUUCCAUAUUCUCCCACCUUCUCCAGUUUCAUGAUCACGGACAAUCGAGGCUUUAUUCAGUUGAUUAACCCUUCAACGGAUCUCAGGUUUCUUAACCACCUCCAUAUCCACCUUCAGAUUCUCUAACCACUUACGUUCUGACAAACUGACGUCGUCACUCCUUCCUUCGCGUCCUUUUUCUCCCUCCGCCUUUAUCCAUCCAUCGUGACGGACACCGUCAUUAACUCGGUUCUCUCUCAGGAGUCCCUCGCGCGUUCAUCCAGAUUCCCUAACCGCUGACAUGCUGACGUCGUCACUCCUUCCGUCGCGUCCUUCCUUUUUCUCGCUCCGCAUUUAUCCAGCCAUCGUGAUCACGGACGGUCAACUAGCUUCCUUCAACGGGCUGUCUCAGGUCUCCAACCAUCUUCAUACCCACCUCCUCGGUUCUCGUUCAGGAGUCCCUCGUGCGUUCAUUCAGAUUCCCUAACCACUGAUAUGCUGACGUCGUCACUCCUUCCUUCGCGUCCUUCCUUUUUCUCCCUCCGCCUUUAUUCAGCCAUCUUGAUCACGGAUAGUCGACUAGCUUCCUUUAUCAUGGGCUGUUGUAGGUCUCUAACCAUCUUCAUAUCCUUCUCAUCGGUCCUUUAGGAAUCACUUCCCUUGCGCGCUUCCGUAACCACUGCCAUACUGACGUCGUCACGGCUUCCUUUGUCCUUUUUCUCCCUCCGCCUCUGUCCAGCCACCAUGAUAACGGUCAGUCGGCUAGGUUCCCUCAACGGGUUGUCUCAGGCUUCUAACUACCUACUUCCAUACGCACCUCCUCGGUCAUCAUUCAGGAGUCACUUCCCUUGCGCGCUUCCCUAAUCACUCCCACACUGUCCUCGUCACCCCGUCCUUCAGGACUCUCUUCCCCGUCCUUCCGCGUCCUGCCAGGUCCGUCGAUUUUUCCCUCGUUCAGGAAUCAUUUCCCUUGCGCGCUGCCCUAACCACUUCUACCUUGACGUCCCCACACCGUCCUUCAGGAUAGUCUUCCGCGUCCUGCCAGCCAGGUCCACUGAUUACUCCCUUAGCUCGGAUUACUUCCUCGUUCAGGUGCAUCCUUCAGCGACGUGCUUGCAUCGCUUGCAGCCUGGCAUCUGACGGUGCGUCUCGGCCUUUUAAGCUAGUUCGUUUCUCAACUUGGUCCCUCCCGUCUCCUGCCCCCUCUAGCCCCUAUACUGCCUUCUGCCGUUCAUCACUCUCGAGCCUGCAGGAUAGCACGCUGAGUAGCCGUCACCUCAGUGACAGUGCUUCUCGCGCCAUGGGUUUGACUAGUAAACAUUUCUCAGCGUGUCAUUGAGUUUCCCGCUCGUACUAACAGGUGCCUUCGCAAGUCUAUUGCUUUACAGGAAUCUUUUUCCUCUUUAACCUGCAGUCGUCACUGGGUUUAUCCCGACCUU